AUGGGUCUCGUGGGCCCCAUCCCACCCGAGAUCGGGAAUCUUUCGUUCCUUGUAUCUCUAAACAUGAGUGAAAACUUGUUCCACGGCCCUAUUCCGUUGUCGAUUUUCAACAUGUCGAGAUUGCAAGUUAUUGCCUUGAGGAACAAUAGCUUGUAUGGAAGUCUACCAAAGGACAUGUGCAAUAAUCUUUACGGACGACGGCUCAGAGUAUUUCGUGUAUCGUAUAACCGAUUGUAUGGAGAAAUACCAUCGAGUUUGGACCAAUGCUCACAACUUGAAGAAAUCUACUUAUAUGGUAAUGAUUUUUCCGGUAACGUGCUCAGGGGUUUUGGAAACAUCACGCGCCUUAAGAUGUUAUUUCUUGGUUCCAACAAUUUUACUGGUACAAUACCUUGCACCAUUGGGAAUCUGUCACAACUCAUAUUUCUAGAUCUUCACUCCAACAAACUAAGAGGGGAUAUUCCAUCAUCGGUUUGCAAGUUAACAUACCUUCAAUUUCUCCAUCUAUCACACAACAGUUUGGAAGGAUCAAUCCCGCAUUGCUUACGAAACUUGAGUAGAUCUUUAGCGGCCUUGCAUCUAAAGGGAAAUCAAUUACGUGGCCUCAUUCCAGAAAUAUUUACUAAGGUUUGUGUUCUUCAGUCACUCAGCAUCAAUGGCAACAAAUUUGAGGGACCAUUACCAACAUCUCUCGUUAACUGCGUACAACUACAAGUUCUUGAUGUAGGAAAUAAUGAGAUACAAGACACGUUCCCGUUUUGGAUAGAAACUCUCCCUGUACUCCGAGUCCUGGUCCUGAGAUUUAAUAGAUUUUAUGGUACAAUAUUUCUCGAUCCAAAGACUACUUCAAUUUCAUUUCCCAGUUUGCAAGUUUUCGACAUAUCCCACAACGAGUUUACCGGCUCUUUGCCUGCGAGGUACUUGGAGAAUUUCGUAUCGAUGAUAAAUGUCAAAGUGAAUAGAACAACAAAAAGAAAUUGGUUUUCACCGUAUUAUACUGAAGAGUCAAUGGUGUUUGUUCUGAAAGGAGUGGUUCUUUCUGUGGUGAGAAUUUCGAAUGCGUUUACGACCAUUGACUUGUCUAGUAAUAGAUUUUCCGGAACUAUUCCACGGUCCAUAGGAAAGCUUAAUUCUCUAAGAUACUUGAAUUUAUCUCGUAAUAACAUUAUAGGAAAUAUACCUGCAUCUCUUGGAAAUAUAAGCAUGCUUGAGUCAUUGGAUUUGUCUUCCAACCAAUUGGCGGGGGAAAUUCCAUUGCAGUUGACAAGGUUGACAUUUCUUUCUAUAUUGAACCUUUCGUUCAAUAAUCUUGUUGGGAAGAUACCUCAGCCUAGUACCGGGCAGUUCCCUACAUUUGAAAACAAUUCAUAUAUGGGAAACUCGGGAUUAUGCGGAUUUCCAUUGACAAAAAAAUGCAAACAGGACAAUGUACAAACUUUGUUUCCGGUGUUGCCACAAGGUGAUAAUGAUUCCGAUUUUAUGGAUGGUUUUACUUGGCAAGCUGUUGUUUUGGGGUAUGGAUGUGGGUUCGUAUUUGGAACUACGAUCAGUUAUUUUAUUUUCCGGUAUCAAAGACCAAAAUGGUUUGUUGGCCUGUUUUUCAAUGCUCAAGACAAGAUACAUGCUAACAAGAAAAGGAAUGUUGCACGACGGAGAACUUGA